ACACCAUCAUGUUUAAAACUAAUUUAAAACAACUUGCCAAACAGGUUAUUAUGUUAUUGAAUGGCUGAUGCUCUGAUAUAUUCCCUAUCCUGCCUGGUUUUCCUUACCUCCUUCUCUCUGUCCUCAUGUUCCACCGCAGGCGUAAAGAUGUACAGAACUACAAGAUCCCCAAUGAUGCAGCCACUGGUCAACUCAGGAAUGGGUGUGGCUCCUUUCUUCAAGGUGACUGUGUUCGAGCAGGAGCAUUUCCAGGGCAAGUGCCUGGAGUUCACCUCCGAGUGCUGCAACAUCCAGGAGUGUGGACUGGACAACAUCCGCUCCAUCAGGGUGGAGAGCGGAGCCUGGGUGGGUUUUGAGCACCAUGACUUCCAGGGCCAGCAGUUCAUCCUGGAGAGAGGAGAGUACCCCCACUGGGACGCUUACAGCGGUUCCCUCUCCUACCACGUGGAGCGCCUCAUGUCUCUGCGCCCCAUCUACUGCGCCUCCCACCAGAGUAGUCGCAUGAUCAUCUUUGAGAGAGAGAACUUCAUGGGCCGCAGUGUGGAGAUCUGUGACGACUACCCCUCUCUGCAGGGCAUGGGCUGGAUGAUGCCUGAAGUUGGCUCCAUGCAUGUGCAGUGCGGCGCCUUUGUGUGCUACCAGUACCCUGGCUAUAGGGGCCAGCAGUACAUCAUGGAGUGUGAGAGACACAGUGGAGACUACCAGCACUGGAGGAACUGGGGCUCUCACUGCCAGACCCCCCAGAUCCAGUCCAUCAGGCGCAUCCAGCACUGAGAGGAGGACAGGCUGAGACCGAGCCGUGGCCUCAGUGCCACGGACAGCGUGUCCCCUUGACUCCCCCUCUCUAAACCCAUAACCCCCUCCUCUCUAUUUCUUUCUUUCUCUCUUCAAUCCUUCCCUUCCUCUUGACUUGAGCCUCAACAGCCGCCCCAACCUGAGUCAACACUACCACUGAUUUACAGCCGCUGCCAGAGUGUGAUAAGAGACAAUAUCGCACUGUUAAAGCACAGGGAAACACACGCUCCACACAUACACACACACACGCUGACAUAACUGACACUCACACAGUGUCUUUUUACUUGGUUUAGAGGUCCCUACGCUCUCACACACGCACACACACACACCUGGGCUGUACUCUCACCUGAGCUGGGCGAUGAGUAGAGCAUUUCCUGAGCGAGCUGGCACCAAACGGAGGGGAGAUGAACGAUCAUGAAAACCUCACCAGCUGCACUCACUCUGCUCUGCGCCGUGGUGCAGCUCAGAUGUGUUUUGUUGUUGUGUGUAGGAGGUUGAUCCACAGGUUGAUAACUAAUAAAACUCAUUUUCAAUUCAUGUAUUCUUGUUUUAUUAUUGAUAAGUGUGUGAGUGAUGCCUGAGAGAGCAUGGGCGUUGAGACUAGUUUAGAAAAACACACAUGCAUGAAUAAAGUGGGCUGUCCACUUCCCUCCCUUCCCCUCUCUUUGCAGAAUGAAACACACACGCAAUGACUGUGGUUUACUACAGUUCAAGUUUUCAAAAUGGUAAAAAG